CCAACCCCAACUUAAAAAUACAGUUCUUUCUUUUUCUUCAUUCAGAUCAAAGGACUGAAUCCUCAUCUUCUUCCCAAAAUUUUACAUGUCAUUUGUAAAAACCUAACCCUUAAAAUAUACCCACUUGAGACAUUGUCUUUGAGCUUUAAACCUCAGUUUUUGGUGAUUUUUGAGGCGCCCAUUAAUGAUUAAUCAAGAGAAAGUGAGAAUUUUGUAGUGGGUUUUUGAUGGGGGCAGAGAAGCGAUGGCUUUUCACUCUGUUUUCGGCUGCAUUAUUGUCACUCUUGUUACUGUUACUCUACUCUUUCUCAACUUUUAGUAAUUCUUCUUCAAAGCCUUUCCCUUCUAUAAUUCAUCACGGGGCUCACUAUCCUCCGGCUUUUGGUUACUAUAUCUCGGGCGGUAGGGGUGAUAAGGACCGGAUCUUUCGUUUGCUUCUCGCGACUUAUCAUCCCAGAAAUCGGUAUUUGUUGCAUCUGGGAGUCGAUGCGUCGGAGGAAGAGAGAUUGAGGCUCGUUGCGGCGGUUAAGUCGGUUCCGGCGAUUCGGAGUUUUGGGAAUGUUGACGUUGUGGGGAAGCCUGAUAGACUCACUUACAUGGGGUCCAGUAAUUUGGCUGCCAUUCUUCGUGCGGUUGCCAUUUUGUUGAAGAUUGAUAAGGGUUGGAAUUGGUUUGUUUAUUUGAGUGCUGCUGAUUAUCCUCUUGUUACUCAAGAUGAUCUAGCCCAUGUGUUCUCUUCUGUGAGGAGAGACCUCAAUUUCCUUGAUCACACCAGUGACCUUGGAUGGAAAGAAGUUCAAAGGAUCCAACCUAUUGUAGUUGAUCCAGGGCUCUACUUAGCAAGGAGAAGCCAGAUUUUUCAGGCCACAGAGAAGCGAGCAACACCUGAUGCUUUUCAAGUAUUCACAGGUUCACAAUGGUUUUUCUUGAGCCGACCUUUUCUGGAAUUUUGUCUCUUUGGUUGGGAUAACCUACCUCGAACCCUUCUCAUGUAUUUUAACAAUGUAAUGUUAUCUCAAGAAUCCUAUUUCCACUCUGUCAUUUGCAAUGCACCGGAGUUUAAGAAUACAACUGUAAACAGUGAUUUAAGAUAUAUGAUAUGGGACAAUCCUCCAAAAAUGGAGCCUCACUUUCUAAAUGCCCCUGAUUUUGAUCAAAUGGUACAUAGUGGAGCUGUCUUUGCAAGACAGUUUGAGAAGGAUGACCCUGUGCUGAACAUGGUUGAUGAAAAGAUCCUCAAGCGUGGACGUUAUCGAGCUGUCCCAGGGGCAUGGUGUUCUGGCCGAAGAAACGGGUGGAUAGAUCCUUGCUCCCAGUGGGGUGACGUCAACAUAUUGAAGCCUGGACCCCAGGCGAAAAAGUUAGAAGAGACCAUUACAAACCUCCUCGAUGACUGGAACUCACAGUUGAAUCAAUGCAAAUGAAGGUCAGAAAACUGCUUAACAUUUUGAGUAUUGGCGCAAAUUUUUGGCAUCACAAACAUGUAAAAUGUUCCACGGCUACUGUCAACUGAGACAUUCUUUGGUGUUAAGGCCAACUUUUGGAGGUUACUGAAAUCACUCACAGGCUGUAAUUGUGUUCAUAAAUGGAGGCAGAGUGAAGAAGGGGAGAAAGGAGAAGGAUUGACAUUGAGCUGAUCGAUCAAUAAGAGGGUCUCCCUAGUUUGCCGUCAUUUGCACGUUGUAUUUUCUACCUAUCUGGUUUAUUUAUUAGACAGUACUUGGAUUCAGAAACAGUUCAUUCUUUAAAUUCUAAUUUGUUGUAUUGAUCUCUUUACCAUA